CGGAAUCCAGUUUACCAUAAGUAGGUAACCCACGCGACGUCAAGAAUUUUCGUUCGAGAACACGCGACGCACGCGGCACUCGGCAGCCUGCAGGCAUCAGUCACGUUCGUGGUGCGUUGUACAACAGUUUUGCACGCUUCUGAUCCUCAGUGAAGCGAUAUUAUUGCAAAAUAAUCGCCGAGAGGUUCAGGGUUGUUAUAAUUCGACAUUUAUUCUGUAGUGACCGUACGGAAAACCGAUAAUCAUGACUGAAGAAGUGAAUCCUAAAGCUUAUCCGUUGGCGGAUGCUACGCUUACAGCCAAGAUACUGAAUUUGGUGCAGCAAGCACUGAACUACAAGCAACUCAGGAAGGGAGCUAACGAGGCUACCAAGACUCUUAACCGUGGUCUGUCCGAAUUCAUUGUGAUGGCUGCAGAUGCUCAACCAUUAGAAAUCUUACUGCAUUUGCCACUGUUGUGUGAGGAUAAAAAUGUUCCUUAUGUAUUUGUAAGAAGCAAGCAAUCUCUUGGCAGAGCAUGCGGUGUCUCAAGGCCAGUUGUGGCCUGCUCUGUGACGGUUAAUGAGGGUUCACAAUUGAAACCACAGAUUACAGCUAUUCAACAAGAAAUUGAGCGUCUUUUGGUUUGAGCAAUUGAAUUGUAUGGAGAAUCUUUUAUUUCCAUAACCACUUUUUUCUCUUCAUUUUUAUAUCAUAAAUAAUAAAGUGUAAUAAUUUUUCUACAUUGUAAAUAAAUAUGUGCAUAGAGUAUUAAUUUUCGUUCCAAAAUUAUCUAAUCGUUCCAAAAGAUUGUAAUCAAGAAUAAUAAUUUUGUAUUUUUAAAAUAAGUCAAAACAUACCCACUUCUUUUGUACCAAGAGUUUUAGACUCUCCUAAGCUAGCUGACAUUAUAGACUAAAGCUAAGUGACUACUACUGCACACUCUGUAUCGAUAGUUAUUGGUCAGUUGCACACUUGCAUAUGACACUUUUGUUUUGUAAUCAAACCAAGGAGUGAUAAGAAUUCUUAAACAAUAGCCUUUCACCUACAGGUAUGGAGUCACUUGGUUUUAAAAUAAUGAUUAUUGAAAGAUAUACUGAUGUAAAAGAUUAGAUAAAAAACGUUAUCAUUCCUUGUUCAUACAAAAAAGGUAACAAUUAAAAAAAAAAAAAAAAAAUAGAUUUUUUUGUUUUAUCUAAAAAUAAAAAGAUAUUGACCAUGA